UCUACAUAAAUAGCUUAAUAGAUAGUCCAGAUUUCAUUGGCUUCGGUGGCUACUGUAUGUAUAAUUGAUAAGAAUAAGAACUCAGACGCUAAGUUGAUAUCUUGAACCAAGCAACGUAAACAACGCUACUAAAUUUCACUAUCUGCGUCGAAGUAGUUUAUACAUACUAAAUGAGUUGGCUACGCUCUAGCCCGCUGCGACAGAGCUUAACACGCAGCAGCGGAAACAGUUCACCAUUCUUUUCAGCUGCUAAUAGCAAUAACGGCCCAGGAGGCUCAACCACAACAACAGCUUUACGACAAAGACCGAUCGACGCAGCCACAGACUGUGAUCCUCGAGCCUGUUAUGAUAGUUUUUGUAAACAUUGGCAGCAAGCCUACGAAAUUAUUCAACGAUCAAAUGCACCACAGCGACCUUCUUCACACGAUGAUGUACUGGGCGUAGUAUCACAUCUUGAUUUUAUGGUGACACUGUUGCUAGUAGAAUUACAUCAUUGCAACAAAGUAUCAAUCCCCUCAGCAGAUGCCGCGCCACCACCUGCGCCAUGUUUAGAAUAUAUGCUCAGUGAAAACCUACUUGAUAAGCUAUACGAAUGGGGCUGUACCACAGGUCGUUACGCCAAUGCUGUGCGAUUGGAACAAUUAAAGUUGUAUGAACUACUUGUUAGUCAUUCGCGACAUCAGUUACUCUGUCAUGAACCCUUUCUGAGGCCGCUUUUGAAGAUACUCGCUUCGAGCCAGGGGGAAAUAUUUCCGCCAGAUUUGGAAAAACGUUUAGUUAUAUUAUUGAAUCAGCUAUGCGUGGUGUUAAUGCAAAACGUUCAUCUUCUCGAUCUGUUUUUCUUUUCGGCGGCACAGGAACAGCACAAACAUACUUCCAGUGACAGCGGACAAGAGCUGCUGCGUACCAACAAUGGUUCAAGCACUAAUUUCAUUAUAUUUUCACUACUUAUACCAUACGUGCAUCGAGAAGGUAGCAUCGGCCACCAAGCCAGGGAUGCACUACUACUCUGUAUGGCUUUGUCGCAAAANUUUAGGCACUCUGGGGGGUGCGAUUUUCAAAUUUUGGAUGGGGAUGAUAAUCGUUCACCAAGAUGUAUCAGUCUACUAGUCAUGAUAAUUUUACAGACAUUGAAAGGCAAACAUUUCCAGACAAACGUUGAGUCACAAAUAUCUGCAAUGUCCUAUUUGGAUUUAAUAUUGAGAUCCAUAACAGAGCCAGGUUUACUGCGCGCCUUUGUCAAAUUUCUCCUGGAUACGGAAAAGUUUGAUGGAGAACGGAUAUUGGACAUAUUAAUAGAUCGUCUGGGUUCCACGGAUGCAAAUUUGUGUAUGGUAACAAUGGCAUUGUUCGAUACCAUGCUUGCGUUGCACUGCGAAGACCUAAUGCUGGAGCUUUUAUUGAAGUACAUACUGCCCGGCAAGCAUGUGCCUAUUUCGCAUCGACAUAAAAUAAAUAAAAUCGACCCGUACACAAACACAGCCGAAUUUUUUCUGGACCUUACACCAGACGUAAUGAAACGCGCAAGAGAAUUAACUAAGCACAAAUCACUCGGUGACACAGUGGCAACAACCACCGCACCCAGCGCUCCUUCACCGACAUCGACAAUGAGUAAAACCAUCGGCGCAAAUUGGAACUACUACGGCGUGCACACGGGCAACAGUCUCUAUGCCAACUUUCACGCGUACCUCUUUGAAGCGCAUUGCCGCAUCACACAAUGUAAGAAUGCCUGUUCCAAAUGGAGGAACACAUACAAAUACCAAAAGUGGCCGCCAAAGAAUCUACGCGCACAGCAGACCCAGGCUAUAGAGAUGGUUAAACAAUUUUUCACUGAAUUUGGAGCAAAUGCUUUGACGGAAAACGAAAGCGCGAGUUCGGCUAUAAACGCCAGAGUUGCUGUGGAAAAAACACAGCCGGACAGUCUGCAGUCCAUAGGGGAAUCAAGCGGCUAUGAGUCAUUUAAGUGGCGACCCGUCGAUGAAGAUGGUGGUGAGUGUACAGACUCAACCGCUAAUUCCACAAUGCAUAUGUUAAGCUCAAGUGGCGGUGAAGGUGAGCUAGAUAAUAGUGGGAGCAGUAGCAAUAGCAACAGUUUAGCUGCGAAACAAUACAGAAAAGAAAUUUGGCGCGUAUCGAGCAACAACAACGAUUUAGUCCUUACUGAUUUAGACUUUUCGGAAGAUCUCUUUGCACAAGGGACAGUAAGUUUAGGUCCCUUCCUAAACGCAAUAUGGGGUAAAUUGCAAACGUUCACCAGCAACACGUUAUAUGUAAACUUACAUCUUACUGGUUUGAUUACGCGGCUCGCCUGCUAUCCACUACGAUUGGUUCAUUCACUUCUAUUGCGGCCGGACAUUGUUAUCACUUCGGACACACCAUCGUUCCAGCAAAUAUUACGCAUACUUAAGCAACAAAUUGAUGCGGAAUUGCCGAUGUGUGAGGAUUCGCUUGAAAUUGUCGAUGUGGCUCGCUCUUAUCUCAUCGACCGCGAAUUUCGUUUGAUAAACGCGCGUAAAGCGACGGACAAUUCACCAGUGCAUAUUGCUAAAAAUACGCUGCCUCCACAGCAGCAGCAGCGUUUCGGUCCACAAACGACAUUCGCAGGCAUAUCGUCAGCAUCACCAGUACAAGUUACACCCUCAUCGUCGUAUGACCCCUUCAAGCGGAACGAUAAUAAGCGUAAAAGUAUCAGCAAAUCCAUAACUAGUAUGUUUAGUCGUAAAGCCAGCGGUAAGUUGUGAACGCCCCCACAUGACCAGAAGUUACAUAUUUCCACACACAUAUACAUAA